ACUCCAUGUGUUUCUCUGCGCAGGCCCGGUGCACCCAGGACGCGAUCUUCCCAGAUGUCCUUCACUGCGACGCCGGGACACCACGGACCCUGGGUGCAUCCACAGCGGAGGACGCGAGCCGGGUCCCGGGCGACUACUUCUCCCCCUCCUGCCUUCGAGCUCUCCAUCCAGAACCGCUUCGCUCCCCUCCGCGAGACAGGACGCGACACUGUGAUCAUCGGAGACUCCAUCGUCCGACACAUACCCGCGAUCCUGAAGGACGGCGAGAGCCCCAGAGCGGUCGUGCUUCACGCCGGGGUUAACGACACCACGCUGCGGCAGACGGAGACGCUGAAGAGGGACUUCAGGAGCCUGAUCGAGACGGUUCGCAGCACGACGCCCGCGGCGACGAUCGUCGUGUCAGGACCACUGCCCACGUAUCGACGAGGACACGAAAGGUUCAGUAGACUUUUUGCUUUAAAUGAAUGGUUGUUGUCAUGGUGUAAAGAACAGAAACUGCUAUUUGUUAAUAACUGGAAUCUUUUCUGGGAGCGUCCUAGACUGUUUCGCGCUGAUGGAUUACACCCCAGCAGAAUUGGAGCGGAGCUUCUCUCUGACAACAUCUCCAGGACACUUCGCUCCAUGUGACUAGUAAGACAAUUCUCAAAUAACCAUUAUGAUGAGUUUUGUUCUAACCGCUUAAAUGCUAAAGGUACUUGCGCUGUAAAACCUAUUAAGACUGUGUCUGUUCCCCGAAUAGUGAGGUCAAAAUAUAAAUAUAAUGUAGGAUCUAGAAAAAAUCUUAUCGUAAUUAAACCAGAAAAAUGUAAAGUAAAUGAACAAAAACAAUUUUUAAAGUUUGGGCUCAUAAAUAUUAGAUCACUCGCACCAAAAGCAGUUAUUGUAAAUGAAAUGAUCACAGAUAAUAGUUUUGAUUUACUCUGCUUGACUGAAACCUGGCUAAAACCAAAUGAUUAUUUUGGUCUAAAUGAGUCUACUCCACCAAACUACUGUUAUAAGCAUGAGCCCCGUCAGACUGGUCGUGGCGGGGGUGUUGCAACAAUAUAUAGUGAUAUUCUCAAUGUUACCCAGAAAACAGGAUACAGGUUUAACUCAUUUGAAAUACUUCUGCUAAAUGUUACUCUGUCAGACAUGCAAAAUAAAUCUAAUGUAUCUCUUGCUCUGGCUACUGUGUAUAGACCACCAGGGCCGUAUACAGAAUUCCUGAAAGAAUUUGCAGAUUUCCUCUCAGACCUUCUAGUUACAGUUGAUAAGGCGCUAAUCAUGGGAGAUUUUAAUAUUCACGUUGAUAAUGCAAAUGAUACAUUAGGACUUGCGUUUACUGACCUAAUAAACUCCUUUGGAGUCAAGCAAAAUGUCACCGGGCCCACUCAUCGUUUUAAUCAUACACUAGAUUUAAUUAUAUCGCAUGGAAUCGAUCUUACUGCUAUAGAUAUUGUACCUCAAAGUGAUGAUAUUACAGACCAUUUCCUUGUAUCGUGCAUGCUGCGUAUAACUGAUAUUAACUAUAUGUCGCAGCGUUACCGUCUGGGCAGAACUAUUGUU